CGUGUCCUGAGUUAUUUUAUAUCGCAAACUACACCGUGUAUGCAAACUCAUCAGCAAAAGGAAUUCUAGACAGUAAAGGACCACUCAGUCACACUAUAACUACAUGCUAUGAAGCAUUAGUUAAAUAUUAGUCACUACUGGAGUCAUCAUCUGUGAAGCAAGACAUGCACCAAGGGUCGCUUUGGAAACCAGGCAGACCACUUCCUAGGGUCCCUGGCAUUUGCUAAAAUGUUAAACCGCACUUUGGCAGUCCCUCCCUGGAUUGUGUACCGCCACCAUACACCUCCUUAUACCAAUGUCCAUGUGCCCUACAGUGAGUUUUUUCAGUUGGAAGCUCUUUCUGCGUAUCACCGUGUGGUCAGUCUCGAGGCCUUUAUGGAGCAUCUUGCUUCAAAGCACUGGCCACCUGGACAGAGGAAGGCCUACUGCUUUGAGACUGCUGCUCAAAGAAGUGUAGACAAGAAAUCCUGCCCAAUGAAGGAUGGGAAUCCAUUUGGUCCAUUCUGGGAAAAUGUUGGUGUGGAAUUUGAUGAAUCUGUCUUGUUUGGUGGCAUUUCCUUUAGUACUUACCAUAUACCACAGUGGAUAAAGAAGUUCCCACCAUCAGAACACCCUGUCUUGGCCCUACCUGGGGCUCCUGCUCAGUUCCCAGUGAUUGAGGAGCAUGUGAGCCUGCAGCGUUACAUGGUGUGGUCAAAGAACAUGGUGAAGGAGGGGGAGGAGAAGAUUGCAUCCCUGCUGCUUAGGCCAUAUGUUGGCAUUCAUCUGAGGAUUGGCAUUGACUGGCAAAAUGCCUGCAAGAUGCUGGAGAGUGGUGAAGCGGGGCCUCACUUCAUGGCAUCUCCCCAGUGUGUUGGCUACAACCGCCAGACAGCCCUUCCUCUCACAAUGACCAUGUGCCUUCCUGACCUGGCAGAGAUUCGCAGGGCCCUCAAGCUCUGGGUGAAGAAGACCUCUGCCCGCUCUGUUUAUAUUGCUACAGACUCGGAAUCCCACAGUAGAGACAUUGAAAAGCUAUUUAAGGGCAAGGUGAAGGUAGUGAGUCUAAAGCCAGACUCGGCACAACUGGACCUGUACAUUUUAGGCCAAGCUAACCACUUUAUUGGCAACUGUGUCUCCUCAUUUUCUGCCUUUGUAAAGAGAGAGCGAGAUGCCCAUGGCCGCCCAUCGUCCUUCUUUGGCAUGGACGAACCAAGGAGAGUCAAUAAGAGGGAAGAGCUCUGAGUCUGAAUGACUAUUUUUCAACUGCCACAAUGAAUGACAUGUAGAACUCUGGUGGGGGGUGACCGUUCAGAGGAGCCGCGAGAGUCUGGAGCAUAGAAAGCCAAUGGAUGUUUACUGGAGAGUAACAGCUCUGUAGUGUGCAAAGGAUUAAGGUAUCAAGCAAUCUUAGAUCCAAUUUUAGAAUGGGGUUUAAUCUGUGACGAAAGGGAAAGGGUUCAAGGAGAUAAGGUCUAGCAGGCCGGCAGUGUUGUAGAAACUGUUUUUGGGAUGUCAUGGUAAGGACACCGCUGCUAUCAAUAGACACUAUCGCUGUGGCUGUACUCUAUUUGAAAGUCUACUGACACUCAAACAGCACGUUAAAGUGUACUUUAAAGAUCUGGGUCUCUUCCUGUCUGUGUAAAUCAAAGCCAGCUUUUCCUUUCCAUCCGGAAAGUAAAGCAUUUCCUCUAACAUUUCCUCUAGCUGCAGUCAUAAUUUGUAGCCGCAACCAUGUUUUGAAUUCCUCUCAGCUUUCCAGGAGCUCAAGUCACCUGUGUGAACUCUGGAAAAAGCUGAUUGUAAUGUCAGUCAUCAUGUGCCCAGUCCACCCCUUCCCCCAACUGUUGAGAGCUCCACCUCCCUCUCCCCCUCUCAUUCUAAUCACCUUUCCCCACAUCUUCUUUGGCUUCCUGCCCGAGGAGUGCAACGUAACUGGCCCUGUGCAUGCUCUUUCUGGGCAGGAAAGAAGAGACUUGUCUUUGCCUUUGGUCUCUCAAUUUUGACCAAAGCAGUCAAAACGCCAGUGAGCCUUGAGUGUUGUGUCGACACCACUGUUCCGUCGAUACAAAGUUACCCACAAGGUUUUCCCGAACAAAGACGGAUGACAUGUUGUAUACAGAUGAACAUUGUUGAAAUGAGUAGUGAGGUAACUGGUUUAGUGUGAAAUCAGUGAUCGUGUUAAUUUUCUAGGUCGUGUGUUUGUUAUUUCCAUCACGUGUUUCUAUUAAUAAAUUGAUGCACUCUUAAGUUUUAU